CUUCUUUUUCAGAGAGAGUGCGAAACAUGUCUCCAGAUGAGAUCAAAAUCCCUCCUGAGCCUCCUGGCAGAUGUUCUAACCACUUGCAGGAUAAAAUUCAAAAGCUAUAUGAGAGGAAAAUAAAAGAGGGCAUGGAUAUGAACUACAUCAUUCAGAGGAAGAAGGAGUUCCGCAACCCCAGCAUCUAUGAAAAACUGAUCCAGUUUUGUUCGAUUGAUGAACUUGGUACAAAUUAUCCAAAGGACAUGUUUGAUCCUCAUGGCUGGUCAGAGGAUUCAUAUUAUGAGGCACUAGCUAAAGCCCAGAAGAUUGAAAUGGACAAACUGGAGAAGGCCAAGAAGGAACGCACAAAGAUUGAAUUUGUGACUGGCACUAAAAAGGGUACAACAACAAGUGCCACUUCUACAACGACCACAACAGCCAGUACCACUGUGGGAGAUGCCCAGAAGAGGAAGAGCAAAUGGGACUCGGCCAUCCCUGUAACAACGAUAGCUCAGCCCACCAUCCUCACCACCACUGCAACACUGCCAGGUGUUGUCACAGUGACAACCAGCGCAAGUGGAUCCAAAACUACAGUCAUAUCAGCUGUUGGCACCAUUGUGAAAAAGGCAAAGCAGUGACUGGUAUGCUGGGCCUGGAUUUUCGGACUUAAUAGUCAUUGAAGCCAUUGUUCUCGGAAGGGAGGAGUAGCUUUCGCCUUUGGUAAAAGAUGACACAGUUCUUUGAAACAGACCACAGUUCCCUUUUGAAAGACCGGGGGCAGGAGCAGGCCUGCCAGCUGUGUGCCCACAGGAAUGGACCUCUGCCGAAAAUGCCUCUGUCUCUUCUUGCUGUGGGAAGAACCAGUCUCUGUGUGUUGUGCUGGAGGAAGGUGGUAUCUAGUGUCAGCUUGUAAAAGUUAGCUUAUUAAAUUACUGUGUUCAGUUCUUCUUUCCUACUUGCAGGUCUGGUU